AUGAUGGACAAGAUGAAUUCCACCAUGGGGUUAGUCCGGACAAAGUCGGACCAACUAGUGGAGACGGUGGCGGCAGCGAUGGCGGCGAUGAAGUCCUCACCAUCAGGGGAGGGGACUACGGGGACAACCCCAACCGUAGACGGAUCACGAAAAUCAAGCCGUAGGAUAACCUCCCCAGGGGGUGCCAACUCCAGCAGCAGGCACUACAAUACACACAUUAGGAAGACAAGGAGCGCUCAGUUGAAGCUUGACAUCGACGAUCUCAGCAAUGGUGCGGCCCUUAGUAGAGCCUCUAGUGCUAGUUUGGGCCUUUCCUUCUCCUUCACUGGCUUCAACGUGCCUCCUGAAGAUAUAGUUGAUUCCAAACCCUUCAGUGAUGAUGAUAUUCCCGAGGACAUUGAAGCAGGACCACGUAAGAAGAAGAUUGACGCAGAACCAACUUUGCCGGUCUACUUGAAGUUCAAAGAAGUGACAUACAAGGUCAUUAUUAAAGGAGUGACAAAAACUGCAGAGAAGGAGAUCUUACAUGGGAUCACAGGUUCAGUGCAUCCUGGAGAAGUGCUGGCUCUGAUGGGCCCUUCAGGAAGUGGGAAGACUACGCUUUUGAAUGUGCUCGGAGGAAGGCUAACUCAGCCCAAAGCUGGUGGUUCUGUUACUUACAAUGAUCAACCAUACUCAAAGUACCUGAAAAGCAGGAUAGGAUUUGUGACUCAAGAUGAUGUUCUUUAUGCUCACCUGACUGUGAGAGAAACCCUCACAUAUGCUGCAUACCUACGACUGCCAAAAACAUUAACAAAGCAGCAAAAGGAACAGCGGGCUUUGGAUGUCAUCUGCGAGCUGGGGUUAGAGAGGUGUCAGGACACAUUGAUAGGCGGUUCCUUUGUACGUGGAGUUUCGGGUGGAGAGAGAAAGAGAGUUUGUAUUGGUAAUGAGAUUUUAAUCAACCCUUCGCUUCUCUUCCUAGAUGAACCAACCUCGGGUUUGGAUUCUACAACCGCUUUAAGGACAAUCCAGGUUUUGCAAGAUAUAGCUGAGGAUGGGAAGGCGGUGAUAACUACUAUCCACCAACCAUCAAGCAGGCUGUUUCACAAGUUUGAUAAAUUGAUCCUUCUUGGAAAAGGAAGCUUGCUUUAUUUUGGAAAGGCAUCACAAGUGAUGAACUACUUCUCCGCCAUAGGGUGUACCCCUCUGAUAUCAAUGAACCCAGCAGAAUUCCUCCUGGACCUUGCUAAUGGGAACAUAAAUGAUGUAACUGUACCAUCUGAAUUAGAAGAUAAAGUACAGAUAGACGACCCGGGAACUGAAAGAACGAAUGCCAGACCAUCUGCAGCUGUAAUACAUGAGUAUCUAGUGGAAUCAUACGAAUCACGAGUUGCAGAGAAAGAAAAGAGAAAGCUUAUGGCUCCUCUACCUAUUGACGAAGAAUUCAAAUCAAAUUUAUCUUCUGUAAAACGAAAGUGGGGAGCAAGCUGGUGGCAACAAUAUUCCAUUUUAUUCAGGAGAGGAAUCAAAGAGCGAAAGCACGAGUAUUUUAGCUGGCUAAGGGUAACCCAAGUUUUGGCCACUGCAGUUAUACUUGGAUUGUUAUGGUGGCAGUCAGAUAGCACAACGGAAAAGGGACUAGAGGAUCAGGCAGGGCUGCUUUUCUUUAUUGCUGUCUUUUGGGGAUUCUUUCCAGUCUUCACAGCAAUUUUUGCAUUUCCUCAGGAGAGAGCCAUGCUUCUGAAAGAAAGAGCAGCUGACAUGUAUCGACUAAGUGCCUAUUUUCUUGCAAGGACAACAAGUGACCUUCCACUUGACCUCGUCCUUCCUGUUCUCUUCCUGCUCGUAGUCUACUUUAUGGCAGGCCUGAGGCUUGAUGCUGGAACAUUUUUCCUAACCGUGCUGACAGUUUUUCUUUGCAUUAUAGCUGCACAGGGACUUGGACUGGCUAUAGGUGCUUCAUUAAUGGAUAUAAAGAAAGCAACAACUCUAGGUUCUGUUACAGUAAUGACUUUCAUGUUGGCUGGUGGUUACUUUGUUAAGAAAGUUCCGAUAUUCAUAUCUUGGAUCCGUUAUCUCUCUUUCAACUACCACACCUAUAGGCUACUCCUCAAAGUACACUAUGAGCAUCAUAUUGAACCCACAAAUAUGAUGAUUUUUGACAGUGGCUUAGAGGAGGUUGGUGCUCUGAUUGCCAUGGUGUUUGGCUACCGACUGUUAGCUUACAUAUCUCUAAGGAGAAUGCAGCUCCAGUGAAAAUAAGCUAAGAUUUACUUGUCAUUUCAUUGGAUUACAAGCAAGGCACCUUCGAUAUUUUACUUUGACACCUGCAAAUACCAAGGGAGAAAAUUAUGUCAUAGUCAGAGUGAAAAGAGGGUGCGAAAGUCAGGAUGCUGAUCCAACUUCAGUUUCCCAUGCACAUCUAGUUAGCACUUCGUUCAGUCCAGCAAACAGCAUAGAGAGCUACAAGAUACUUUUCCUAUGUAUGGAGAUAUAAUAUACAAACGUUCUUGAGAUAAGCUUUUUUCUAGUAAUCUCAGUCUCAAAAUCUCAACUUUAUCCAAUGUAUAAUGACGUUCUUUAAUUAGUGUAACCAUCUCCAAAUCAUGAAGAAACAGUUAACUGAUUCAGUGAAGACAAGACAAAGUUGGAGUUCAGUUAGUUGGGCAUGUUAAAGCAGAAAACAACUUCUAUAUAUAGAGCAUUAUUGUUCUUUUUUGUACA